GAUUAAUCAAUGGAAGAUAAUCAAUGGAAGUUAUCAGUGGUGUUUUUCUCUGUGCUCUGCCUCCCUGGAGAUUAGAUGUGAUCAUGGUAGAGGCUGUCGUAUUGCUUGACUAUUGAUUUGAUUAGGCAGACUAUGUAGGCCACAGCAUACUGGCGACACACACUAACACACGCAUGCCCACACACCCUCUUAAUGACAUCGUCUCAACCCUGUCAAACUUGCCAAUAUGCCUCAGGAAAAGAGAGAGAAUGGAGAGGGAAGGGAAUAUCUAUCUCUCCUCUAUCUCUCCAUCCCUGUGAUAAGUGAGGGAAAGAAGGACAGAUUAAAUAAGAAGCGAUAAGGUGAGAAGUCUUUGCCAAGGCCCCACCCACUUUCUUAAAAAAGUACCAAUCAAAUGGCAGGGAACUUAGUUUACCUUCUACACUCCAGACGGUGGAAGAACUGAAUGUGACAGAGGAAUAUGAAAAAGAGAGAGGAAGAGAAGGGUAGGGAGACCGAGGCAGACAAGAAGUGGUAAAGGAAUAGAAAUAGUGUUAGGAAAAUACAUUGGAACAAAUUAAAGGGAGACAGAGAAAAGGGAGGCAGAGGAAAAGAGUUAGAGAGAGAAAGAGGGAGAGAGAAGGACAGUGACAGAGGGAUAGAAAGUGAGGGUUGAAGUAUCCGUCUGUGUGAGUGAGUAACUCCUUGUUGGACAUGGAUGUAGCCAACUACAGUGAGGGACUGGACCCAACGUACAGCACCCUGGGCUUCGAACACGCUGACAUCCUCUAUGGUGGGGGAGACAGUAUGCCAGCGGAGCCGGGCCUGUCCCAGGCAGAUGUAGUGAACGGUAACUGUGCUAUCUGUGGAGACAAAGCUACAGGGAAACACUAUGGAGCCUUCAGCUGUGACGGAUGUAAAGGUUUCUUCAGACGCUCCAUACGCAAGAACCACAUCUACUCCUGCAGGUUUAACCGUCAGUGUGUGGUCGACAAGGACAAGAGGAACCAGUGUCGGUUCUGCAGGCUCCACCAGUGUUUCAGAGCUGGCAUGAAGAAAGAAGCGGUUCAGAAUGAGAGAGAUCGUAUCAGCUCCAGAAGAAGCAUUCAGGACAAUCAGGAUCUCCUACCUAUCACUGUUCUUGCCCAGGCGGAGUCCCUGUCUCAACAUAUCAGUGCAUCCAGUCCCAGGGGUGCAGUAGAUGUGUCGGAACAGAAGUCAGCUGGUGUGGGGGAUGUCUGUGACUCCAUGAGACAACAGCUGCUUGUGUUAGUGGAAUGGGCCAAGUACAUUCCUGCCUUCGGAGAGCUGCCCCUGGACGACCAGGUACACAACCUGACUAGGCUAGGACAGCUACAUGACUACGAAGAAGAGACUGGAACUGGUACACAACCUGACUAGGACAGCUACAUGACUACGAAGAAGAGACUGGAA